AUGAGCCUGGAUCCAGGCAGCUUGCAGCGAGCCGACUCCCCCGCAAGCUCCGAUAGCUCCUUCACUCGCUCGCGACACCGGAACCAAAAUGACGAUCAUUUGAAAAAGGACAAGAACUAUCGCCGAUAUGCGUCUACGGUGGAGCGCGCUUUGUCGCUGUUCGACACAACUCUGCAGGAAUGGGCGGAUUAUAUCUCAUUUCUGAGCCGCCUGCUCAAGGCACUUCAAUCACACCCCCCUGACUUGUCAGUUGUGCCUCACAAGGUGACUGUCGCAAAGAGGCUGGCACAAUGCUUGAAUCCGUCAUUACCUUCGGGUGUACACCAGAAGGCCCUUGAGGUUUAUACCUAUAUAUUUGGCUUGAUAAAGUCUGAAGGUCUUACACAAGACUUGUCCCUAUAUUUCCCUGGGGUGGCGCCAACCCUAACCUUCGCAUCUCUCUCCGUUCGGCCGUUAUUCAUAGCUCUGCUUGAGACAUACCUUCCCGAACUAGAACCGAUGGCACUUCGCCCUGCCUUGAAAGCUAUAAUUCUCGCCUUGCUUCCCGGCCUAGAAGAAGAAACCAGCGAUGACUUUGAACCAACCCUUCGUACGCUCAACAAGAUCCGCACCGUUGCCAGCCAGAUGGAUACACGCAGAUCCAGUCUAAACCCUAAUGCCGGGGGGCAGUAUUUUUGGCAGUGUUUGUUCCUGGCUUCAAUAACAAACCCUAGCAGGCGUUCUGGAGUUUUGGCUUAUCUCAGUCGUCACCUGCCAAAACUGGGACUCACGGAUUCGAAGAACGCUCGGUCCGAGAAAGAAGAGAGCCAGGAGAUACCGACGGACUCGGCAGCAGUUGCGGAAUCGGUCAUAUCGCCGGAGCCUGGUCUGCUCAUUCGGUGCUUUGCUAGUGGUUUGGCGGACGAUCAGCUUCUCGUGCAGCGCAAUUUCCUCGACAUGCUGGUAACACACCUACCUCUGCACUCUCCAAUCCUUCAAUACAAAAUUAGACGGGAUGAUUUCGAAAGGUUGAUUCUUGCUGCUACCGGAGUUGUUACUCGUCGAGACAUGAGUCUUAACAGAAGAUUAUGGGCCUGGCUGCUUGGCCCAGAACCGACAAAUAUUACUGCGGAAUUCCCUCUUCCUAGCAAUGACAAAGAUCGCCGAGUUUCUACAGAUGGCUCGGAGCAGUCACAGUCACAGUCACAGUCACAGUAUUUCAGUAAAUUCGGUCUGGAUCCGCUGAUCCGGGGAAUUCUCAAAAUGAUCAAUCAAGGGUCACCCCAGCCUUCCGAGAGGAGUAGACCGCUACGCAUUGCGCUGUCACUAAUGGAUCGCUGGGAGGUAGGCGGAUUCGUUGUUCCUGCAGUGUUUCUCACAAUCAUGCGAAACGUCCAAGCAUACGAGAAAGUAGGUGCUAAACCGCAUUUUGACGAGGUCUUCAGAAGCGCUAGCGCUUUCUUUGAUGGCGUAGAGAGUGGCUUAAUCUUCUCGGAACUGCUAUAUUUGAUUGAUAUCGAUCUCAAAAGCCGCUAUGGCAGCUUCGAAAAGAAAGUGGAUGAUCUGAAGCUUGCCCAUUUUAUUCUCGCCAACUUCAAUGUCCGCGAAGAAGAAAUGGUUUUGAUUCAUGUUCCAUUGUUGACUCUGUCUAUAUUGACCAAAGCAAACGAGAUUUUAUCCGUUCGGCCCGAAUCGAAUCCAGAGAAUAACAAAAUUCUACUUCAGCAUCUGGUCAAACUUCUGAAUUUCGUGCUGAACCUACUCCCUGAGCGGGCAUUUUUGAUUAAAGCUGCCUCUGAAACGCCGCCUGAUGAUCAACAAAAUACCGAUAAUUCUAUCAUCUCGCAGCGCGUUCGUGAAUUUUAUGACCACAGCAGGGAGAGCCUCGAGCUUCAACCGCUACCCUUCGCCCCUCGCACUCUUGCUGAACUGAUCUUACGGGCAGCACAUAACCUAUCUAUCUCUUCUUUAAAAGACACUCAUUCGAAUUUGUCAGUGAAAGAAACGUUGAACCUCUUGGUAGCGCUUUUGAAGAAGACGCCGAAAUCCCGGAGCCUAGCGGACUCAUCUCUCAUCACCGCCUUUCACGAUAAUCUGAAGUUCAACGAUUCUGGGCUCAGUACCCAACAGUUUCCCGUCAUUUCUUCGAUUGCUUCGACCGUCGUUGCUCUCUAUGGCAUCCACAGCCCUGGCUACUACAUUACUUAUCAGCAAUUAUGCGACCUGAUACCUACAUUAGUGGGAAGUUUAUGGACUUUCUUGUCCCCUCAAAGUCCUAAAUUCCAUGUUGAAGCUGUCCGCUGUCUUUGGCUAUUGCAUUCGAUUACCUGGCAAGAUCAUUUGGUAGAGUCUUCGAUAACAAACUUGAUGGUCGAGCAAGAGUCUUAUAGCACUGCUCAAUUUGCCAAUACUGGGCCCGUGGAAAAGUUUUUCGUACUCUGGAAUCACAGCCACCAGUGGAACCAUGAGACCUCGAACAAUCGGAUUGCUGAAGAACACUCUGUAAAUGGGAAGCCUUCAGGAAAUGACCGUUCUCUCUACCACGUUUCUUUCCUUCAACGUCCUCUCUUCAUUAUUUUGGAUUCAUUGACCCAGCCUACCGAUGAGGUCUCACAAUUGGUCCGCGAUUGGAUACAAGACAUGCCAUCUGUACAAAGGGUUCUCUACAUCAUCGUCUCGGCACUGGAGGCCUUGGUUGAUGUUGAAUCUGUAGCAGGAAACAAGAGUGGGACCGUAUCAUCAGAUGAUCGUCGGGAAUGCAACUAUCUACUCCAAACACUGUCGAACGUGAUGAAAGCGCUUUCUCAUAAUGGCUGGGUUAUUCUCUUAUCUCAUUCCCUCCAUCCCACCGAAAAUGCUCGCGAAUCGUUGGCCCCUGAAGAUGUUGUUGAAGAAAAACCCAUCCAAACCACGAUUGCUGAAAUAGCACUCGCGUUAUGUGGAUCUGCAAACCCGCCGGAUAGUGAAAUUGACACUGAAGAAGAGGCAUUGCAGCGAAUUGCCCUGCUAGUCCUUCGACAGCUACUGCUUGGCCUUGGUGCUGAGCAGAUAACUAGCACUAACAUCCAUGUCAUUCUUAUCGAGAAACUCUCUAAUGCGUUGGACCAGGGCAGCGAUAGUGUUCAAAGCGCUACUAUUGAAACUCUUCUCGCAGCUCUCAAAGCCAAGUUUGCACAUCUCCAGCCCUCGCCCGCCAACCCGAAACAUAGACGAACGGGAUCUCGAGGCUCUCUAAGAAGCGCUUCAAUUCUAUCCUUGAGUACGGAUCGAGUGGAUAAGAUACAACAAGCGCCCCCGGUGCCGCAACCUCCGGAACAGCUACUGGACUGCCUCUUGAAAGGCAUUAGCUCUCCAAAAUCCCGAGGUUGUUUGGAAAAAUGGAUUCUUCUCCUUAGCGAAAGUCUUCCUUUCUACGGAGAAUCUUUAUUCCAGAUUCUCCUAAUGCUUGUAGAAUGUUUCUGCAGAGAAAUACGGUCCUCAUUCUCUAACCUUCAAGAAGUAUUCAAGAAGACGGAGCAUUGGCCAGAAGAUCGAUGCGAAUACGUGACAAUAAUCCUACUAACCGGGCUCGAGACAUGCAUAGCCACUGCACAUGAACGUCUUCAUGCUGAAGAAAUAACAACGCCAGCUAUCCGAAGCCCUGAUCAACCCCAAGGAUUUUUCGGAAAUAUGGUAUCUAAUGUUUUCAAUUCGGACGGAGCACAAACGAGAAACGUAGCCAAUGAUCGGCUUACUGUUUUGCUGUGCUUCCAAGAUGCUGUUCGACUCUGCUUCUCCAUCUGGUCAUGGGGCUCUAAUAACACCAAAGGCGGUACAUCUUACGAUUCAGAAUCAGCCGCCUCCUUUCAGUACACAUCUUUGAGAAUGAGAAACCGAUCACGCCGUUUAUUGGAGCAUUUGUUUACCGCCGAAGCGCUCGAGUCCCUUGAAACGAUGGUGGAACUUUGGUGCAAUACUGACUCUGCUGGGGCAAUCAACUCCUCGCACAUCUUCAAUCUCCUCCAUACGCUUGACAGGGCUCGACCAAAGGUGAUCAUUCCGGCUAUUUUCAAUUCCAUAUACAGCCGCACAAACCCGGCUGCCUUGGACCCGAAUCGUAAAUCCGCUCUCGCGUCCAACAUUACUGAAUCUGAACUGGCAGCUUUCUUGGUUACAUAUGCGCGGUCUCUUGACGAUGAUGUACUCGACGAGAUUUGGGGUGACUGCACAACGUUCUUGCGUGAUGUGCUCGCAAACCCGUUCCCACAUCGACAGAUUCUCUCGCGUCUAGUAGAAUUUGCUGGAAUUCUAGGAACAAAGAUGGAGAAUACAAGCUUUGGUGACGAUCGCCGCAUGAGGAAAGAACUUGGUGAUCUUUUGCUUCGCCUUUUGGCGGCUAUAUUCACCAGCAAACCGAUGGGCCUGUCUCAGGAUUCAGGCAUGUCUGGUCGGCCAUCUUUGGAUCAUGAUGGUUCGCCUCCAUCCCAAGUGGGCCCUGAUGAUAUGUUAAGUAUCUUGACCGUGUCAUUGCCGGCGUUUGUGACAACGUUGGGCGAGACCGACCGAAUCACAACCGCAAUAUCAAGCAUUUCGACCAACGUUGUAUCGCCGAUUUUCCGCUCGCGUCUUUUCCCAAAUAAUGUCACCAAGAACGUUCUCGGGCUACUACAGCAUAUCUCCAAGAUAUCUGCAAGCUCCAAAGUUUGGAAAAAGGACAUUGGGGAUGCUUUCAACGAUCCCAAGUUUUUUGGGUGCCAUGUGGACUUGGUCAAAUCUGGAUGGAUGAGUCUUUUACGGCAGCUAGUUCUUGUAGAUAAAGAUCGGUUCUCUGAACUACUGUCUCGUUUGACACCACCAGCUACUGCUGGUAUCAUGUUUGGUGUUGGGGCAUCGGCGGCGAGGCUGGAAGCUGAUCGCAAAACACAGCUCAAUCUACGCAGAAUCGCCCUGCUGAUUCUAUCCAACAUUGAGGACCAGUUUGUUACAGAUCUUCCAUCCCUUGUGCAAAAGCUGGAGGACCUUCUACAGGCCACACAUUCGUCGUCACCAUCAUCUGCUACCCGAGCCGAGAUCUUCAUGGUUCUUCGAGCCCUUCUUUUGAAAACCUCGACGAUUCAUCUAGCGCCAUUCUGGCCUCUGAUCAACACGGAGCUACAAGAGGCAAUAUACGCUGUGCCUCAGCAUCAGCAGUCAGAACUCUACCAGCCAUACUCGCUCUUGCAGGCCUGUAAGCUGUUAGACAUCCUGCUCCUCCUGGUUCCCGACGACUUCCAGCUGCAAGAAUGGCUCUUUGUAACAGACACUAUUGAUGCAAUCUACCCACCCGGUCGAUGGGAGCCGGUAGCACUGGCAGAUGAAGUAUCUCGCAGCCUCGGCACGCGAGAGGCAGUUUCACCGCUACCCAGCGAUCUAGGCGACAAAAGCGGGCUUAAGAAGCCCAGCCUCAACUCAGAUCGCACCAGAGAGACGCCCAAGGACGAGAUUAUUGAUCGGGUUCUGAAGCCAUUUUUCGGACACAUGAGCAUCCAAGCCUUUGAGGAUACGUACAGUAUGGGUGUUCCCGAUAUUGAUGCUUGUAUCGAGGAUUUGCUGGCGGAUCUUUUCAAUGAGAGCACUAUGGCGAGUUGA